AUGGCCGCCCAGAUCAGCAAAAAGAGAAAGUUUGUUGCCGAUGGUGUCUUCCGUGCUGAACUCAACGAGUUCUUUACCCGUGAGCUUGCUGAGGAGGGUUAUUCUGGCUGUGAUGUCCGCGUCACUCACGCCCGUACCGAGAUUAUCAUCCGUGCUACACACACGCAGGAGGUUCUUGGAGAGAAAGGACGCCGCAUUCGUGAGCUGACUUCUCUCGUUCAAAAACGUUUCAAGUUCCCCGAGAACUCUCUCGAGCUUUACGCUGAGAAAGUUCAAUACCGUGGUCUCUCUGCCAUCGCACAGUGCGAGAGCUUGAGAUACAAGCUGCUCGGUGGUCUUGCUGUCCGUCGUGCAUGCUAUGGUGUUCUCCGUUUCGUCAUGGAGUCCAACGCCAAAGGUUGUGAAGUUAUCGUCUCUGGGAAGAUCCGUGCUGCUCGUGCAAAAUCCAUGAAAUUCACAGAUGGUUUCAUGAUCCACUCAGGUCAACCAGCUGUUGACUUUGUUGAUUCUGCCGUUCGUCACGUCCUGCUUAAGCAGGGUGUGCUCGGUAUCAAGGUUAAAAUCAUGAAGGGCUCGGACCCUGAUGGCAACAUCGGUCCUCGUAAACCUCUUCCUGACUCAGUGGUGAUCCUUGAGCCCCCGAUUGACAAAAUCGUUUCGGAACCGACAUCUGAACAACGGCCUGCGGUCCUUGUUGCUCCUCCAGUACAACAGGAAGAAGAAGCCUACGCUCCUGCUGAGGCGGCUACCUACCAGGCCCAGCAGCCAGAGUACGAGGCUUUCUGA